AUGGCCUUAAUCAUGCAUAUCCUCAGUUUCAUGGACAGCGGUCGCAAGGCCAGCGAGCUGGAGCCCAUCGUGGGAUUGGACGUCCCGCCACCCGCUGCUGAAGAAGAAGAGGGAGAUGAGGAGGAAGUCGAAGGCGCGCGAGGCGAGGAUGAAGAAGUCGAGGGGCAAGAGGAUGAAGAGAGGCGCUCCGCCGAGCCACAGGGGACGCCAGAGGGUGCGGUGCGGAGUGAGGAAGAGUAA